AUAUCAUGCGUGCUCACGAGUGUCUAUAAACCAAAUCUCAAACCCCUGCACCCCUAUCACAUUUGGAGUCUCAUACAUCGCUUUCCUGAGUUUCCUCUAUAUAUAAAAUUCGGGACAAAAAUUUUCUGUCGAAAUUAGGCUACAAGAAUACACUCGAAAUAUGGAGAAAGAUAUGCUGGAUUACGUGAUGGUGCCAUCAGGGUUGGCGAUAAUGGUGGGAUAUCAUGUCUGGCUUGUUUUUCAGAUUCUCAAAUGUCCAUCUCGAACUGUUAUUGGUAUUAAUGCUAUUAAUCGACGUUUCUGGGUGAACGCUAUGAUGGAGGAUCCAUCUAAGGGUGUUCUGGCCGUACAAACAUUAAGAAACAACAUAAUGGCAUCAACCCUCUUGGCCUCAACAGCAAUUAUGCUAAGUUCACUCAUGGCCAUGUUAAUGACUAACAAGAAUGGAACACUGGGUGAUCGCACGACCGUGUUUGUACUCGGUGACAAAAGCGCAUUUAGCUACUCCGUGAAGUUGUUUUGCAUAAUGGUCUGCUUUUUAUCAGCAUUUUUGCUAAACGUACAAUCAAUUCGAUACUAUAGCCAUGCAAGCAUUUUAAUCAAUGUACCCUACAAGAAGUUAUCAGCUACUUACAAUUACAGCUAUGAUCAGCGCCUCGGUUCAGAGUAUGUCGCGAAAACAAUAAACCGUGGAAGUUAUUUUUGGUCAUUGGGGUUGAGGGCCUUCUACUUUUCGUUUCCUCUGUUUCUAUGGAUAUUUGGACCUAUUCCUAUGUUUCUUUCCUGCAUUGUGUUGGUGAGCUUGCUACGUUUUCUUGAUGUUACUUUAGAUUUCACCUCAGACGCAGAUGAUCAUAAUCAAGGCCGUCAUGUUGGAGAACCAGAAGAGCCGUGAAUGUGAAAAUUAUGACUUGGAGAAUAAUUGUGAAUCAAUUAAAGCAGUGUUUCAGUUCACAAUUUUGGCUUGGAUCGUAUAGUCGUGUACUUUCGUAUCAUGUAUUUUCUUGUUUCUCGAGUUCAUACAGGUAUGACUUUUUGAUCGAUAAACUCUGUUUUCGUGAGUCGGAAAUGUUUGUGUUUCUGCGAAGCCUAGAUCUUUUUUUUCUCUGCUAAA